UACCACGGCACGGAUUGUCCGAUUCGAUUGUGACAACUUGGCGUCUUCAUUGUUUUCAGUAUUUUUUUGGUUUUUCGCAACUAAUCUCAUUAUAUUCCACCAUCACGGUACCGUACGCAUUGCAACGUUUUCAAAAAGUCAUUACAACAUGAGUUUGCUAUUCUAAUUGUUGCAUAGUUUGCUCAAAGUUCGAUAGUUCGUGAGUGUCACACUUCGAUCUAAAUUUGAUUCAACGCUUACGUUCCUUAUCGUUAGGGGCUAGUGCGCCCGUUGUUCUUAGUUCUUAUUUUAGAUAACGGAUAGCGUUAUUUUUGUUUUUAUCAAUCUGUUGUUUUGGCGUCACAUCGCGUCGUCGGGGGUCAGUAUACAAAAAUACAGUAAACGCGGCAACAACUCUGGCCAAAUUCUGUUGAGGGUUGCGAGCUUCCCACCACGACCACAUUUUAUCUCUGCAACUUAAAUGUCACGCCGCCGUUCGUUGAUAGAAUCCGGCGACGUCUUUACUUUAGUUUGUAUUUUUUUUUGUUUAAUGAUGAUGUGGUUUUCUAAUUUUUGAUUCCACCUUAUCCUAUGCCAUACGUGAACGUGAUUCAUGUGCAUUGCGACUCUUAAAAAACAAGUCGGAUCCCAUAGCCCCGAUUGUGGUACAUUGAAUAAAUUGAUUAGUCGCAAAUCGAUCGAUUAAAACGAAUCAUCUUAAAUAGCAGCCACCUCGCGUCUGUUGAUCUCUGAGAUUUUAAAUUUAAAUUUAAUUCAAUCCGGAAAAUAUUUGAAAAUAUUCGAUAUCGAUAAAAUUAUGAUCCGAUUGUGGUGAACAAAACGAUAAAAAUUUAUAAUAAGUUAAAUUAGAGCUACGAAAUUUUAAAAUUCCUUUUUUUAAUUUUUGAAAUUAAUUUUUUGAUUGGUUACGAAAUAAAUUUUCUCAGCCACCGGGGCCGUGAUUACGCAAGCUAAUCUGCGAAGUGCUGUUCUGCUACGAAGAAAGAAAACAUUUUUGCGCGGCGAGUGUAUAGAAUUGUUUGAUCAAAAUGUUGCCAGAGGUUGGUGAAUUGGUGUUUUCUUUUGUGGUGGGUUAUAUGGGGGUGCUGGAAUUUUUGUACGUUGUCCGGCAUCUGUACCAUUGGGGUUUUCGACAUAAUUCCGAAAUGCGGGAUUAUAAAAGCGAAGCAGAGAGCUUAAGGAAACUUCAGGAACAACUGAAGAAUGCAAUUGCGGAAGCCAAGGAAAGGGAAGCACUAGGGUUAAAGGCUAUGGAGGAUGGAGUGGUAUAUAAGGAUGGAUUUCGUAUCGAUGAAGAUAAGAAGAAGAUCGAAGAACUGAAGGAGAAAGUGAGAAUUCAAGAGAAAAUAGCGGAGAGACAACGAGAAAUCGAAGAGGAAUUGGAACGUCAACGAAAAAUUGAAGAAGAAACAAGAAGGCAAUUGAAGAAGGCCGAAGAAGAAUUACGUCAAAUGGAGGAGGAAAAGAAAAGGGAGAAACAAAAGGCGGAAGAAGAAAAACGAAAAGCUGAGGAGGUGAAACGAAAAGCCGAGGAAGAAGAGAAACGAAAAGCUGAGUCGGCAAAGAGAAAGGCCGAAGAUGAAAAACGAAGAGCAGAGGAGGAAGAAAAUAAACGAAAACAAUUGGCCGUGGAAGAAGAAAACAUGAAAAAGAUCGUUGAAGCUGAGAGGAAGAGAGAGGAGGAACAGAGGCGUCAAGAGGAGGAAAAAGAAAACGAACGAAAAUUACUUCAGGCUGAAAGAGAGAGGGAGGAAAAACAACGUCAGUUAGAAAAAGAAUCCGAAAAAAAGAAAAUAGAAGAACAGCGACGUCAAGAGGAAGCAAAAGAAAAUGAACGAAAAUUGAUUGAGGCCGAAAAGGAAAGAGAAGAAAGACAACGUCAACAGGAAAUCGAAGAUGAGAAAAUCGUUCAAAAACUGCUCGAAGCGGAAAGACAACGGGAAAUUGAAGAAAAAGAAAGACAGGCCGAUUUGGAGAGAAAAAACACAGCAAAAUUAAUUGCGGCUGAGCAAGCAGCCAUUCUCAAACAACGCGAGCAAGAAGAAAAUGAGGAGAAUGUUCAAAAACUCUUGAAAGCUGAACGAGAGUUAGAGUUGAAGAAACAAGAAAUGGAAGAAGAAGCAGCAAAUCUUCAGCGGCUUAUUGAAGCUGAAAAAGCAAUGGAAGAACGCCAACGCAAGAUCGACGAAGAAGCCCUGUUGAAACUGAAAAAUGCACAAGAAGAAAUAGAGCUAAGACAGACAUUCGACGCAAACACAGAGGCUGAAGAAGAGGCUUUUGUGAAAAAGCAAAUCGGCCAAGCAGAGCAAACAGUACCACAGACUGUAAAAACACAAUACGGACAGAAAACCAGUGACUCCUUGAAGCCAAAAUCCAUGCUCUUUACCGGUGUUUCGGAAGAGUCUUCAUCAGCCGAACCCGCGUCAAGUUUACAAUCCUCCUUUUCCACGCAACAAUCCUCCGAAGCAGUUGUCCCAACUGACUUACAUUUUGACGAAUACGAACGACAAGCACCGGAUGGUGGUGAAGAUAUGCCAUCCUUGCAGUACUCUGAUGAUUACCUGAGGUCAUUGGAUGGCAUCAAAAACAAGCCAUUGGUGCGCGAAGACGGAUCGGGUCGAAGGAGAGCAUUCAAAAAACGACGUUCGAGUGGAAGUUCAACUUCUUCACGAGAAUCGAGAGCAUCACGUGAAGAAGAACUGAAGAUGUUUACGUCUUUGGAAGAAGAAGAAUCGGAAAAUAUCCGAAAAGGAGAUAGUGAAUAUGAAAGCAUCAAGUAUGCCAGUGAACCGAACUUGAAGGUUGGCAAACAACGUCGCCACAAACGAAGUCCCGCCAAAGAUGCCAAGCGUGAUCCUAAUGACAAAGGAUCCCUUGAAAUGCUCGACGAAGAAGACUCAAAUCCUUGGGGAGAAGUUAAGCCCGAGAAUUAUAAAAACACUGAUUUCUGGAAGCGUGAAAAAAAUCUAUCAAUCGAUGAGGAACAAGAGGAAUUCGAUGCAAGACAACGAAUUCAAUCGCCAAGUACGGCAGCAGUGAAUAUACCGAAGAUGUCAUCAUUCGAAGAAGCAACUAAAAGUCAACAUCAAGAGGCAAUAAUGGCCUUGAAAAGACAGAGAUCUAAGGAUCCGGAACCUAUCCAAGAACCAGACGAAGAGAGUGAAACCAAGAACUUAAUUUUCAGUGGCGAAUAUACAAAGGCAAUGAACAAGGAUUGGCAUUCUGGCCAUUUCUGUUGUUGGCAAUGUGAUGAAAGCUUAACCGGACAACGGUAUGUGAUCCGUGACGAUCAUCCUUACUGUAUUAAGUGCUACGAAAAUGUGUUCGCUAACACUUGUGAAGAGUGUAGCAAGAUCAUUGGAAUUGACUCGAAGGAUCUUUCCUAUAAAGACAAGCAUUGGCAUGAGGCAUGUUUCUUGUGCAACAAAUGUCGCAUAUCAUUAGUUGAUAAACAAUUCGGUGCUAAGGCCGAUAAAAUCUACUGUGGCAAUUGUUAUGAUGCUCAAUUUGCAUCACGUUGCGAUGGAUGUGGCGAAGUUUUUCGUGCCGGAACGAAGAAAAUGGAAUACAAGACCCGCCAGUGGCACGAGAAAUGUUUCUGUUGUUGUGUCUGCAAAACGCCCAUUGGCACCAAAUCUUUCAUCCCACGUGAGCAGGAGAUCUAUUGUGCUGGUUGCUACGAAGAGAAAUUCGCAACCAGAUGCAUUAAAUGCAACAAAGUCAUUACUGCUGGCGGUGUGACUUACAAGAAUGAGCCAUGGCAUCGUGAGUGCUUCACCUGCACUAAUUGUAAUAUCACUUUGGCUGGGCAACGAUUUACUAGUCGUGACGAGAAACCGUACUGUGCCGAUUGCUUUGGCGAGCUAUUUGCCAAGAGGUGCACUGCGUGUGUCAAGCCUAUUACAGGAAUCGGAGGAACACGCUUCAUAUCUUUUGAAGAUCGCCAUUGGCAUCAUGAUUGCUUCAUUUGUGCCAGCUGCAAGACAUCCCUUGUUGGACGUGGUUUUAUUACUGAUGGGCCUGACAUAAUUUGCCCAGAAUGCGCCAAACAAAAGCUGAUUUAAAUUUAGAACAAACUAAAGCAAACAAAACAAAAAUCACUUAAUCGAAACCAUCAAUUAAAAUUAUCCACAGCUAUAUUAAAAAGAAAACACUAUAUUUUUGCAAAUUAAACUUAAAAAUGUUUAAAUAACAAUCGAAACUACUUUUUUAAAUAUGUAUUUUUAAAAAAAGUAAAAUUCAAUUUCGCACCAAAAUCUGCAAAUUUAACUGCAUACAUAAAAAUAUUUACCUACUACUGUUACUAAAUGCAAUAUCAAGAACUUUGAUAAUUAUAAUAAAUUAUAUAAAUCGUUGUUGUUAUUAAUUUCUUUUGUUGCAAUUACUGCAGAUUUUAUUUUUCACUUCUCUAAGUAGGAAUUAAUUCAGAACAAAUUGCUUCCUCGUAAUAUAUCCGUUUUUAUAUUAUUUGUUUUUAUUAUUUUUAUUUUAAGUUGAAUUUAUUUUUUCAUACGAGAUAAAAAGAAAAUUAAUAUAUAUUAGAUGUAAGAUAUAUAAAUCAUAUUUAAAUAAAAUCACCAAUUUACAAUAAUUAUUAUUGCUUAUUUAAAUGAAAAUCGAAAUAAAAAAUAAAAGAUUGCCAAUGUAUUUACAAAAUGAAAAACCCUUUAAAAAAAUACGAAUUAAAAAAUGAGGAAUGAUGUAUUUUGUUAGUUUUAAAAUUACUUAUACUUACUAUUGUGUAUGUAAAGUUAUAAAACGUUCACUUAAAAACAAAAAUAAAGAAUUAAUUAAUAAUUAUACGACACAAAUAAAAACAUCAAACAUUAAAAAAAAUACUAAAAUUAAAUUAAAAUAAAA